AUGCUACGAGUUGGAGGCCGACUCAGUCACUCAACACUGCCUUUCAGCCAGAAACACCCCAUCAUCUUACCCAAGUCAACGGUUACGACGCUCAUAAUCGAGCACGAACAUCGCCUGAGUCUACAUGCCGGGACUCAAGCCACUUUAUACGCCCUCCGAAGAUCCUAUUGGCCAAUCGAUGGCCGCAGUCAAGUAUGGAGCACGUUGAAGAACUGCGUACGGUGCUGCCGAGCUAAUCCACCUCCAGUGGAUUAUGUAAUGGGCGAUCUCCCAGCAGCACGAAUAACAGAAUCACGGCCGUUCACCAACGUCGGAAUAGACUAUUGCGGGCCCUUUUUUGUCAAGGAACGAAAGGAUCACAACCGACGGAAGAUAAAGGUAUACGUGGCAAUCUUUGUAUGUCUCGCAGUAAAAGCAGUUCACAUUGAGCUGGUUAGUGACCUCACAAGUGAGGCUUUCAUUGCUGCACUACGAAGAUUCAUUGCUCGCCGAGGAUUCUGCUCAAGUAUCCACACGGACAACGGCACCAACUUCGUCGGCGCAAACAACGAGCUCCGAGAACUACGGAACCUCCUGCGAUCCGACGAUCAUAAGGCAAAGGUUCAGUCUUUUUUAGCCGACAGACAGAUCGAGUGGCACUUCAUUCCUCCCAAUUCACCGCAUUUCGGCGGGUUGUGGGAAGCUGCAGUGAAGUCUUUCAAACGACACCUCAGACGUGUCGCAGGUAACGAGCUUCUAUCCUUCGAGGGCCUUAACACCCUCAUCAUUGAGAUCGAGUCGAUCCUCAAUUCCCGUCCGCUGACUCCGAUCUCCACCGAUCCAAACGAUCUCCUCGUCCUUACUCCCGGUCACUUCCUUAUCGGAGAUUCACUAACAUGUUUACGAGAUCGAGAGUUCACAGAUACUCCAACCAAUCGUCUAUCCAGCUGGCAACAUAUUCAGCAGCUCAAGCAGCACUUCUGGCGCCGCUGGCAUCGAGAGUAUCUCAACGAGUUAAACGUACGCAACAAAUGGAGCAAGGGGAGUCACAACAUUCGAGAAGGGACCAUCGUCCUCCUCAGAGACGAUAACGCCCCCCCAAUGCAAUGGCCACUGGGCAGAAUCAUCAAGGUCCAUCCCGGCGCAGACGGCAUCAUCCGGACGGCUACCGUUCGAACAGCAACGAAUUCCAUAGAUCGGAGCAUCAAACGGAUGGUACCACUACCGAGCAGAUCGACACCAGAUGACUCCAACCUAAUCAGCAGCAACGCGGACUAA